GAGCUUCGUGACGUGUUCACAUUUACUUGAAACUCAGAAAAUGCAACAAAUGAUUUUGUUGCCUUCUCCUUUCUUCCUUUUCUCUCUCUCUCUCUCUCUCUCUCUCUCUUUCUUUAAGCAUCAAGUAUCAAGCAAUAGGAAAACACUAUUCUAUUUAGGACUUGUGUAUUUUUCUGUUGGAAAAUAUAUCUAUCACAUAUAUACACAUACUCCCCCCCUCGCUCUCUCUCUUUCUCUCUCUCUUUGACGUACAAAAGGACUCUAAUAUUUAAAUUCAAACCCUUUUUUUCUUUCUCUUUUUUCUUUACUACUGUAGCAAACAAAGCUUCCAUGGCAACUAAAGAAGAGCGAUAUUCGAGAGAAUACAAGCUUCCCACCAAAAGAGAAAGCACUACUAACACAAGCUUUGAUGUUGCCUUAAAGAACGAAAUCAGCCGUUGUAUGAAGGGCUUUCGGGCCACAAAUGUCAUCACGUACAAGCGAUUUCGAGACAAGAGCACUUGGUUGCGUCCUGGCGAGUUUGCAAGCCAUGUUGCUGAAGACGAAGACGAAUUUAGAGCCGAGCCAAAAGAAGCCUGGCCUAUCUUGCAAGACAUGAGCAUUGAUUUACCAGUCCAAGAUUUAAUCAAACAACACCGCGUCCAGGAUCGUUUAUGGACAGUGCCUAUGUCCAAUAAGAAAUUCAAAGAGCCUGAACCCGUCUAUCCACAAAGCACGGGUGUCAAACUAAGACCGGUGGAAGAUAUCAUGAAUGAGUACAGUAAAGCAAACACCCCUACAAGCAAUCACGUAUCACAUAAAGUCACUCCUCCAAAUACAACAGCAACAGCCACAAAACACCCUCCACCUUCAGCACCUACUCCAUCGUCGUCUUCGACACGUGUUCAAGAUAAAAACAAGCGUUUGAUUGAACCCAUUCCCGAUAAGAUCAAAGGCGUUUUACAAAACUUGACCGACACAAGACGAAAGCCAUCUGCUAAACCGCCUAAACUCUAUACAAACAGACCGAAUGAUAACUUAAAGUCAGCUUCUGCUUCAAGUGCGCCUCGUAAAGCGUCUGCAUUAAAACCCGCCAUCAGCCCUGAAAAACAGAGUACUGUCAAGAAACCCCUCAAUGUGAUACAAAGCACAACUGCAUCAAGCGCACGUCCCCGCGUCUCCUCAAAAUCAAUGCCUACAGAAAAAGCAAAAUAUACAGAAAAUAUACCAGUAAGUUGCUUGUUUUGUAUGGACUCUAUGAUUGAUGUAAUGUGUGUGUGUCUGUGUGUCUGUGUAGGACCUUAUUGAAGCUCGUAAAUACCUCUUGGGAGAUAUGGAUGAAGUUGAAUUUCGAAGUCUU